UGGGAGGGGGGUGGGGGGAGAAGAAGACAGCGGAGCAGCAAGAGGGAGAAAGAGAGGCUGAAAACGGCCACCAGGAACCGAAGCGCUACCACCACCGCUGCUUCUACUACCACAGCUAGCACCGACACUGCUGCCACCGCCGCCGCCGCCCUGGCUGCCCCCCGCCACCGCCAUGGGAACUCCGCAUCAGUCUCUCCAACCGCCGCUUUGUCCGUGGGCCAUGUCGUGAUCCGUGGGCUCCGCCAGCGGGUUUUCUAUCCGUGAUCCCGACCGAGGCGAGGAGGAGGAGGAAGACGACGAGGAGUAGGAGGGAGGAAGGGAGGGAAGGUGGUGGUGCUGGGGAAGAUGUUCGCCUCGGUGGGCCCUCGGGGCGGCCCGCGCCCACCCGUAGCCCCGGCUAUCCCGGAGCCGGACCUGAGCCAUCUGACGGAGGAUGAGAGGAAGAUCAUCAUGGCUGUACUGGCUCGGCAGCGGGAGGAGGAGGCGAAGGAGGAGGCCAUGUUAAAAGAAGAGCAGCCUAUCAAAGCAAGAACGGUGAACCUGGUUGGGCAGAAGAAACCGCAGCAGCAAAAUGACGUCCGAGGUAUCCAGCAGCAGUUGUCCAGCUACAGGGAGACGGUGAUCCGGCAGGCUACGGUGGCGGCGGGCUCGGCUGUUCACCGGGACGACGCGCCAACCUGCGGCAUCUGCCACAAGACCAAAUUCGCAGAUGGCUGCGGGAACCUGUGCUCGUACUGCCAGACCAAGUUCUGCGCCCGCUGUGGGGGGCGAGUGUCGCUGCGCUCCAACACGGAGGACAAAGUGGUGAUCUGGGUGUGUAAUAACUGCCGGAAGCAGCAGGAGAUCCUGACCAAGCCAGGCGAGUGGUUCACCGGUCAGGCUGGGAAACCCGCUGGCCUCGGUUCAGCCGUCAGCGAGCCGUCUGUGUGCCAAACGCUCGGGGACAAGAAGCUCCGCUCUCGUUCCCAAGCACCCCCGGGCUCCACCACCGCGAUCCAAGACCCCAACCGACCCAGCGCACCUGGGACCGCACCUGGCACCGAUGCCCGGUCACGCAGCGAACCGCCACGAGACACGAGAAAUGGAAGGGGAGGAGGAGGAGCUGGUCGCGGAGAGCGCCGGCCAGGUCAGGCCAGGCUGCAGACCCAGGUCUCCAUGGACCGGGACAUGCGGGGGGAGUCCAGGGAGCGCAGGGAAAGCCGGCGGCUGACAAAGGGACGCUCUCUGGAGCAUGAUCCUGUGGGGGGAAAUGGUGGAGUGAGACGGACAGAAGAGGGGGGCUACCACCAAAUGGACCACAGCGGUGCCCCCCCUCGCCAAGCAGGGCCGGUCCCUCCUGGAGGCCGGGGCCACCCUGGGCCUGUGCAGGGUCGUGGCGUAGUAGGGGACGUUGGGGAUGGCGUGCGGCCUGGUCAGAGGACGGUGGGCGGGGUUGGCGGGCCACAUGAACACACCCUUGCUCAGCAGCCCCCUCCCCCUGAACUCCGAGAGCCUGGGGGUUCGGGCCCUGGCUUGAACCCCGGCCAGGGACCCGUAGCGAGACGGACCAAACGGGAGAAGGCCGAGAGCAUGCUGCGUAAUGAUUCGCUCAGCUCUGACCAAUCGGAAUCUCUGCGUCCGCCACCGCCAAGGCCCUACAAGUUGAAACGGGGGCUGGGGGCCGGAGUGAAGAGGCAAACCAGCGUCAGCAGUUCAGAGGAGGAGGGAGGGACCACGCCCGAGUACAGCAGCUGUGAGGACGCUGAGAUCGAAAGUGUCAGUGAGAGAGGUGACUGGGAGUGCUACCCCCAUGACCCCACUGUAUGGCAUCAUCCUGUAACCUGGCAGCCGUCCAAGGAGGGAGAUCAUCUGAUUGGAAGAAUCACCCUCAGCAAACGGAGCGCCACCAUGCCUAAAGAAGCCGGAGCACUGCUGGGGUUAAAGGUGGUGGGAGGCAGAAUAACAGAGUCAGGGAGAUUAGGUGCCUUCAUCACUAAAGUCAAGAAGGGGAGCCUGGCUGACGUGGUGGGACAUCUCAGAGCAGGGGAUGAAGUUUUGCAGUGGAACGGGAAGCUGUUACCGGGGGCGACCAUGAAGGAAGUUUACAACAUCAUCCUGGAAUCUCAAGCCGAGCCUCAAGUGGAGCUGGUGGUAUCCAGGCCUAUUGGGGUGUAUAGAAAAUAUCAUGAUAUCCCAAGAAUCCCCGACACGUCCCACCCUCCAUUAGAAUCUACAGGUUCCAGUUCUUUUGAGUCCCAGAAGAUGGAGAGACCAUCCUUAAAUGUCCUGUCUCCCUCCAGUCCAGGGAUGCUCCAAGAUGCUCCACAGUUAAUGCCAGGGCAACUCUCAGUGAAGCUGUGGUAUGACAAAGUGGGUCAUCAGCUAAUCGUCAACGUCAUGCAGGCAGUAGAGCUUCCUCUUCGGCCUGACGGGCGGCCCAGAAGCCCCUACGUCAAAAUGUACUUCCUCCCUGAUCGCAGUGACAAGAGCAAACGAAGGACAAAAACUAUGAAGAAGACCUGUGAGCCCAAGUGGAACCAGACGUUCGUCUACUCUCAUGUCCAUCGCAGGGAUUUCCGCAACCACAUGCUGGAGCUGACUAUAUGGGACCAACCCAGGUCACCGGAGGAGGACAGCACCUUUAUGGGAGAGAUCCUGAUAGAGCUGGAGACGGCCUUACUGGACGACAAGCCUCACUUGUAUCCACUCCAAACCCAUGACGUCUCAUCCAUACCGCUGCCCCGACCCUCCCCGUACCUGCCCCGGCGACACACAGAGCCCCCUGGCAAGAAGCUGCAGCGUUCUCAGCGUGUAACAGAGCCUGAAUUUGAUGAAGGUACAACAGUAGUGUCGAAAGCAGCGGAUGGGCGUGGCAGGGAGAGGCAGCGAGAGUCCACGUCUACCCUGGAGGUGCCGGACCAGCAGAGGACGCCCUCCCAUCACAUACGUUCCCGCUCGGUCUCCCCACACCGCGAGGAGCAGGGACGAAUCCGCUCACGGCCACCCAAUGUUCCCGCCCAGAGGAGUCUGGAUAAUGAGCUCCCUCACGCUCGUCGUUCCCGUUCUCCGGCCCGUUACUAUGACGCUGCCAGAGGCCGCCACCAUGAGCAGGAGUACCUGGAUGACAGCAGUGAGGUCAUCAUGAUCCACCAGUCAAUGCGAGGCAAAAGUGCAGAGUGCCUCCACACCAGGAGAUCUACUAGGCACAAUAACACACUGCCACCUAAGAUGCCCCUUUUGUUCAACGGUAUUCCCAAACAUUCAAACAGUUCCACGCUGCCUGCAUGUCGAAACAUACGCUCUGUCAUGGGAUCUCACUUGUUCAUGGCAAAACGCAGCUCCAUCACACGCUGCGCUGUAAUGUUCCCAGAUGAGGUGACAGUUUGUGAUCUGCAGCCUUCUCUGGACAGGGUUAGGAGCGCUAGCGCCAACUGUCUGACUCCAGACAAUCAUGCCCCCUCACCAGAGACUGAAAGAAAAUCUUUGUCCCAUUCCCUGCCCCGGAGACGUCCGGCAAGCCCCAGGAUUCUUAUCCAACAUGCUUCCCCUGAAGAUGACAGAAUAUGGAUGCCACUUCCUACUCAAGAGACUUUAAUUCACAUCAGUACAAAGAAGAGGCAGCCUCGGACCUUGGAGGUACCUGUGUGUCAGGCUCCUGGCAGGAAGCUCCCUGACAGUGGCAGGGGCCACCUCCAAGGCGGUGCGUCUCUUUCCUCCUCAGUGACGUCCUCCUCAGCCCGCAGAUCGAGGCAACUCCCACAGCUUCCCCCCCAGAGCAGCACCGUAGAACAAGCCCUGGUAGCAGAGGAGUGCGUUCGUCAGCUCCAGAUGAGGGUUCAUUCCAACCGGGCGUCAGCUGCUGCCACCACCUCCAGCCAGCAGGACCUGGACCGAGCCCUCAAGAACAAACGGGAGCUCUACAAGGACCAGAGGAGGAGCAGUGAGAACAUUUCCCAUAAGUCCUCAGACAGUGAUGUCAGCGACGUGUCAGCCAUCUCUCGAACCAGCAGUGCCUCUCGCAUCAGUAGCACCAGCUACAUGUCCAUCCAAUCAGAGAGACCCCGGGGACGCUUCAGCAGGGCCAUGCGCGCAACGGGCCGCCACAUGAUGAAGAGCACCAGCGUGAGCGGUGAGAUCUAUGGCAUGGAGCACACCGAUGGCAGCCAAUCAGACACAGCGCUCGGGAGCCUGGGAAGCGGGAUCAAGAAGCGACGCUCGAGCCUCAGCCAACGUGUUGUUGCCAUCCUGCCAUCCAGACGCAGCCGGAGUACCUCACAACUCAGCCAGACAGAGGCGGCGGGUAAGGCGGCGGACAGACAGAAAGCGGCUUCAGCAGGUAAGAAGGUGGGCAAAGGCGGCAGCAGCAUCCAGAGGAGCGUGGAGACGGGCAUGGCUGUGGAAUACCCACGGGGAGGGUCGGGCAUGAACCGGCAGGCCAGCAGAGAGUCGACUGAUGGCAGCAUGAACAGCUACAGCUCUGAGGGGAAUCUGAUCUUCUCAGGUAUGCGGUUGGGUGCCGACAGUCAGUUCAGUGACUUCCUUGAUGGUUUAGGCCCCGGUCAGCUGGUUGGCCGGCAAACACUGGCCACACCUGCCAUGGGUGAUGUUCAGAUCGGUUUGAUGGAUAAGAAAGGCCAGCUGGAGGUGGAGGUGAUCAGGGCACGAGGCCUUACCCCCAAACCAGGCUCCAAAUCCCUCCCAGCUCCCUAUGUCAAGGUGUACCUGCUGGAUCAUGGAAGUUGUAAAGCCAAAAAGAAAACCAAGAUUGCACGCAAGACGCUAGAGCCGCUCUACCAGCAGCACCUGCUCUUUGAGGAGAGUCCCCAGGGCAAGGUGCUUCAGGUGAUAGUAUGGGGCGACUAUGGACGGUUGGAUCACAAAUGUUUCAUGGGUGUAGCACAGAUCUUGUUGGAGGAGCUGGACCUGUCAAGUACGGUGAUUGGCUGGUACAGACUGUUUCCGCCGUCCUCAUUGGUGGACCCUACGUUAGCUCCGCUCACGCGGCUGGCGUCUCAGACGUCACUGGACAGCUCAGGACCGCCACCGGGCGUUCGGUCCUAGUGACCGAGUGGCGAGCGCAAAACCUUCGCCCAAAUAUCCCUCAAAGUGACAAAACAAUGGACCACAGCUGCUGGACCAGAACUGAGCCGAGGGCGAGAACACGG